CCCGCCUCCACGGUGAUCAGGUUAGUGUGCGCCGCGGGUGCUGGGGGCUCGAGAACCGAGCGGAGCUGGUUGAGCCUUCAAAGUCCUAAAACGCGCGGCCGUGGGUUCGGGGUUUAUUGAUUGAAUUCCGCCGGCGCGGGAGCCUCUGCAGAGAGAGAGCGCGAGAGAUGGACAUGGACAAACGGAUUCAUUUAGAGCUGCGGAACAGGACGCCCUCUGAUGUGAAAGAGCUUGUCCUGGACAACUGUCGGUCAAAUGAAGGCAAAAUCGAAGGCCUCACAGAUGAAUUUGAAGAACUGGAGUUCUUGAGUACAAUCAACGUAGGCCUCACCUCAGUCGCAAACUUACCAAAGUUAAACAAACUUAAGAAGCUUGAACUAAGCGAUAACAGAAUCUCAGGGGGCCUGGAAGUAUUGGCAGAAAAGUGUCCGAACCUCACGCAUCUAAACUUAAGUGGCAACAAAAUUAAAGACCUCAGCACAAUAGAGCCACUGAAAAAGUUAGAAAACCUCAAGAGCUUAGACCUUUUCAAUUGCGAGGUGACCAACCUGAACGACUACCGAGAAAACGUGUUCAAGCUCCUUCCUCAGCUCACAUAUCUCGAUGGCUACGAUCGGGACGACAAGGAGGCCCCCGACUCGGACGCCGAGGGCUACGUGGAGGGCCUGGAGGAUGACGAGGAGGAUGAGGAUGAGGAAGAGUACGAUGAAGAUGCUCAGGUAGUGGAAGAUGAGGAGGACGAGGAGGAGGAGGAGGAAGGUGAAGAGGAGGAUGUGAGUGGAGAGGAAGAGUGACCCAAGUUUGCAAGACGGUGAAGGGGCUGCACUCACCCACAGACUGGGGUCUGGACUGGGGUCUUCUCUUGAAGCCAAAACUAGAGUGAGGACAGAUGAAAGCUCGGCCUACUUCACACGAUGGAGAGUCGGCUGGGAAACUUGUUCCCCUAAGAGGGCACACUGCGGAGCUGCCUGAGUUAUAGGGACUUCAGGUCAGGAAUUCUUAACGGGGGAUAGAAUCCACCCCCCUCUGCUGACAUUGUUUGCAGCUAUUGGUGUGUAAUGUGGGUAUUUUCUAGGGAAGGGGUUCAAAACUUUCUACAGAUUCUUAAAGGGGGGUCCUUGAUACAAAAGAACCUCUGCUUUAGAUUCAGCGGUGCGAAGCAGGUCCGUGGGAGCUCUGAGGGGCUGGGGGCGGCCCCUACCUUUCUGAGCUCGGUGUCAGGGAAAGUGGCAUCCUCCACGUGUCCCAUGGUCGGGGCGUUCCUAAUGUCCGGUGUCCAUCUUCUCUCCUAGGAGGAUGAGGAAGGUUAUAACGAUGGGGAAGUAGACGAUGAGGAAGAUGAAGAGGAGCUUGGUGGUACGGCAGCGUUUUUACUCUCCGCGGGUAGCAGGCUGGCCCCCUCAGUUGACAGUAGAUGACCUGGGUCCUGAGGACCUGGCCUUGGUUUGCCAGGGUUGGCAAAGCGUCCUAGACGUACGGUCCCCUGCUUUCCCAGCGGGGGGGUUGCGUAGGAGGCAGGAUCCGUGUUUAAUCUGAAUGCCUUUUCCUUACUUUUCCAGAAGAAGAAAGGGGUCAGAAGCGAAAACGAGAACCUGAAGAUGAGGGAGAAGACGAUGACUAAGUGGAAUAACCUAUUUUGAAAAAUUCCUAUUGUGAUUUGACUGUUUUUACCCGUACCCCCCCAAAUCCCGCUCCCCGAAACUUAUUUUUUUCUGAUUGUAACGUUGCUGUGGGAACGAGAGGGGAAAAGUGUACUGGGGGUUGUGG